UAGUGGGUAUGAAAGGCAAAGAUGAAGCUAUGGCUAUUGGAGGACACUGGUCCCCAUCACUCGAUGGACCUGACCCAGAAAAGGACCCUUCCGUGCUGAUAAAGACGGCUAUUCGUUGUUGCAAGGCUCUUACAGGGAUUGACUUAAGUGUGUGCACACAAUGGUACCGUUUUGCAGAGAUUCGCUACCAUCGCCCUGAGGAGACCCACAAGGGGCGUACAGUUCCAGCUCAUGUGGAGACAGUGGUUUUAUUUUUCCCGGAUGUUUGGCAUUGCCUUCCCACCCGCUCAGAGUGGGAAACCCUCUCCCGAGGAUACAAGCAGCAGCUGGUCGAGAAGCUUCAGGGUGAACGCAAGGAGGCUGAUGGAGAACAGGACGAAGAGGAAAAGGAUGAUGGGGAAGCUAAAGAGAUCUCUACUCCUACACACUGGUCUAAACUGGAUCCAAAAACAAUGAAGGUAAAUGACCUUCGCAAAGAAUUAGAAAGUCGAACCCUUAGCUCUAAAGGACUGAAAUCUCAGUUGAUAGCUCGACUGACAAAGCAGCUGAAAGUAGAGGAACAAAAAGAAGAGCAAAAGGAGCUAGAGAAGUCUGAGAAAGAGGAGGAAGAGGAAGAGGAUAGGAAAUCUGAAGAUGACAAAGAGGAAGAGGAAAGAAAACGUCAAGAAGAAAUGGAACGUCAGCGGCGUGAGAGACGAUAUAUCUUACCUGAUGAACCAGCGAUCAUUGUACAUCCUAACUGGGCAGCAAAGAGUGGGAAGUUUGACUGUAGCAUUAUGUCUCUUAGUGUUCUUCUGGACUAUAGAUUAGAAGAUAAUAAAGAACAUUCCUUUGAGGUAUCAUUGUUUGCAGAACUCUUCAAUGAAAUGCUUCAGAGAGAUUUUGGUGUCAGGAUUUACAAAGCGCUGAUUUCCCUCCCAGAGAGGGAGGACAAAAAAGACAAAAAAAGCAAAAAAGAUGAGAGAAAAGAAAAAAAAGAAGAAAAAGAUGAUGAAACAGAUGAUCCAAAACCUAAGAGGAGAAAAUCUGGAGAUGAUAAAGACAAAAAAGAAGAUCGAGAUGAAAAGAAGAGGGAAGAUAAAAGGAAAGAUGAUUCUAAAGAUGAAGAAGAAACUGAAGACGACAAUAAUCAAGAAGAAUAUGAUCCGAUGGAGGCAGAAGAUGCCGAAGACGAAGAUGAAGACAGGGAUGAAGAGGAAAUGAACAAACGGGAGGACAGAAGAGAGGGAAAUAGGCAUUGUAAAGAGAGGUCGUCUAAAGAUAAAGAGAAAGACAAGACGCAGAUGGUAACUGUUAACAGGGAUCUUCUGAUGGCUUUUGUGUAUUUUGAUCAAAGUCAUUGUGGAUAUCUUUUGGAGAAGGACAUGGAGGAGAUACUGUACACUCUUGGACUACACCUGUCACGUGCUCAGGUCAAGAAGCUACUUAAUAAAGUAGUGCUUAGAGAAUCUUGCUUUUACAGAAGACUAACAGAUACUUCCAAAGAUGAAGAAAAUCAAGAAGAGUCUGAAGAGCUACAGGAAGAUAUGUUAGGAAACAGAUUACUGUUACCAUCGCCUACUAUAAAGCAAGAAUCAAAAGCCAUAGAAGAAAAUGUCGGCCUCAUUGUGUACAAUGGAGCUAUGGUGGAUGUUGGGAGCCUUUUACAGAAGCUGGAGAAGAGUGAAAGAGUGCGGGCAGAGAUAGAACAAAAGCUUCAGCUACUAGAAGAAAAAACAGAUGAGGAUGAAAAGACCAUACUGCAACUGGAGAAUUCUAACAAAAGUCUAUCUGCAGAGCUCAAAGAAGUGAAAAAGGACCUUAGCCAACUGCAAGAAAAUUUGAAGAUCUCGGAUGAUAAAAAUUUGCAAUUUGAGGGUCAGCUGAAUAAGACAAUCAAAAAUUUAGCUACUGUUAUGGAUGAAAUACAGAGUGUUCUUAAACAGGAUAUUGUGAAGAAUGAAGAUAAAGAUCAGAAAUCCAAAGAAAAUGGAGCAAACGUAUGAUAAAACUGCUGCUGUUUAGAAGAAUGGUGUUAUAUAAUGUAAUAUAAAUCAUGAUACCAGAAUGUAUGGGAAGUGAUGCAUGUUUGAUUUUAGUAGUAUAAAUAUCUUAGUUCCAAAAGAUGUAUAAAGUUUUAUGAAUGUGAGUGUCAGCUUCUGAAGAUUGCUUGUAAUUCUUAGCAUUCAAUUUAAGACACUCCUCAAGUGAAAAUAAUUUUGCAUUGCAAAAUGUUUUAGGAUGAACUUUGUUAUAGUUUUAACCCUAAUAAAGUUCAUCAACGUAA